GCACACGUACUGCAGAUGGGACUUAGAAGUAGAAUGUAUGGAGGCAACAUGGUAACUCAUUGAAACUUCAAGCCCUCAGAAUGACUAUGAAGGACAAAUAUGACCACAGAAUACCUGUCAACAUACGUUUUUCUUGGGGGAAAAAAGGCUUUUUGUUUCUAUCAUGCUGGGACCCAGAUUCCUUGACAGAAAGACUGAUGGACCUUAAGAUACAGAAGGCUGAGAACCACUGAUUUUAGAGUGUAAUAUUCUUUUGUGAGAAAUAGAAAAUGCAGUCACACAUGCUGAAGGACUGUUCUUGGACAGAAAGAAAUACAUUUGUGCCAGAAGAAAACCCUGUGCAAAAGAGUAACUUUUUCCCCAUCUCCUCUUAAUGAAUGGGUGAGUACCUUGAUGGGCCAGGCAGGAACAGGGUGACCUUUGGCCAUUCAUUUCAGCUUGGAGAAUGAAAGGGACAUGAUCAUAUGAGCACAUAUGUCCAGCCUGGGAAAAAUGGGUGACUUUCCUCCCUUCCCCUUUUAACAUGCCAUUGAAGUCCUUUAAUUCUGAAAUACCAGGACUUGAAAGAGGAGGGGGUUGGAAGUCAUGAGACAGCAAGGCCUUUGAGAAAGAGGAUGGGACAUGCUGGUUCCCAGUGGUGGGGCUCCAGGAACAGUGCCCAGGCAUUCAGCCUACACACAGCAUGUCUACCUUGGAGUGGAGGUUGCUGAGUUGUAACAUGCUGUGAAAUCUCUCAGCUCCCUCCCACGCUCAGUCCUUUAUUUGUGACCCUGAGAAGAAGAAAAAAAUCUGGAUGUUUGAAAGAACUACUGCAAGCUUUUUAGUUUCAAGGAAAAGGAAAAGAAAAAAGGGCAGGUAGAAAUAUGGGUGAUUUUGGCAUCACGUAUAGACCAAGCUGCGCUGGUAGACAGAAUAAUGGAAUCCACCCAGACCAGAACCCAACCCAAGAGACUGAGAGAUCAACAUGCAGAGAUUUCUCUUCUUUCUUGCUGUAGGAGCCUGGGCUGUUACUCAAGGCACAGCAGAGGAAGACUUUGUGAGAAUUUGGCCAGAAAAUCCUGUGGUAGAAUUCGGAGGUUCUCUUGUGCUAAACUGCAGUGCCAGUUGUGAAAAUAUUGGUCUUGAGACGGCCUUCACAAAGGUUCCCAUUGGAGAGGGACCCAGUUGGAGAGCAUUUAAUCUCAGUGAUGUCAAUCACUGGGCAGCCAGUCCAUUGUGCUACGCUGACUGUGGGAGUGAACAGAAGAAAUCUCCAAAGGCAAACAUCAUUAUUUAUAAACCUCCAGACCAUAUCAAACUGGAUACAGUUCCAAAGAUGGAAGUGGGCAAGCCGUAUAACUUGACGUGCUGGGUUUCUGCUGUAGCCCCUAUCCAGAACCUCACUGUGACCUUGUUGAAAGGGGCAGAGCAACUUCUGGUAAAGACCUUUGAGCAUCAUACUGAACCUGAAGCUGGUCCUGUUGCGGUGAGCCAUCGCAUUAUAGCUCAGCAGAGUGACCACAACAAGACAGUCACCUGCCAAACAUCCCUGGAUCUGAGACCAAGAGGGCCACUCCUGAAAAACAUAUCCCACAGCAUAUCAUUAGAAAGUUUUGAUUUUGCAGGUGCUCCCCAGCUCCACGCUGACCUGUCCUUAGAAGCUGGGACCAAGAUGAAAGUGACGUGUGACGCACCUCAGGUUUCCCCAGCCGAAGAGGCCAUGUUUCAUCUGUGGUUUGCAAGGAGGCCUGUGACCUUCAACACCAGUGUGAUGGGGGACGAAGCAAGUGCCCAGGCUGUGGUGACCUCUUCCUCAGUUGGAGAGCAUGAGUUGAUCUGCACGGUCUCUCUGGGGCCAGUGACCAAAAACGCAAAGAAGACGGUGAAUGUGUUUGCUUUACCAAAGCCUGUCUUGCAGAUUGACAAUUCAGAAGCUGUCAUCAAUCAAACGGUGAACAUUACAUGUGGUGCUGAUGGCAACGCAUCCCCCGGUUUUAAAAUGCAGAUCAGGGAUGCUGCGAACAUCUUAGCAUCCAGCAAUCAAGACCAACGUUUCCUGCAGCAUGCAGUGAUCACGCAGGAAGAGGAUAAUGGGAGGGAAUUCAUCUGCCAAGUAACCCUGAUUGUUGAUGGGCACACCGAGGAAAGACGCAUAUCCCAAAACCUCACCGUCUUCUAUGGGCCCCGAACUGAUGAUUCCAACUGUCCCCAUACGCUGACCUGGAAGGAGGGAAGUUUGACAUCAUUUACCUGCUCAGCCUUGGGAAACCCCAAACCAACUGUUCAGUGCUGGAAAGAUGGGAGACCUUAUAACAUUGGGGAACCACAGCUGGUCCAGAGAGAGCAUGAUGGCAUCUAUCACUGUAAUGCUACCAACCAGUAUGGCUCUGACAUUAGAAAUGUGACUGUACACGUUGAAUCUUCCAAGGCCGAUAUCUCUGGGAUUAUCAUAGGAAUACUGGUACCUGCUGUGAUAGUUAUUUGCUUAGGGGCGGUGGCUUUUUACAUCAACAGGAGGAAAUGUGGGAUAUACCAUUUCUGGAAACAUCAGCGGCCACCAUCGCAAGCAACAGGAAUCUCAGAGGAGCUAGCCUGCCUGAAUAGCAACCCCAGUGUCUAAGUGGAUGCUGGUUGUUACAGACUGAAGAGCGACAUCAACCAUACCAGCAGGACAGUAGCUUCAGCAGGGACUGUCACUUGACUUAAUACUGAGGAAAAAGCAAUAGAAAAGUGUUCUUUG